AUGGAUGGCAACGAUGAAGAGAUGUUAUCAACCUUUAUGAGUGAUGGAAGCGACGCACGAGCCUGUCAUCAUGUCCCACAUUUUAACCUCUCCUUCAUGACUGCCACUCAGCAACCUGUCUGCAUCUGCUGCCACUGCCAGGCAACUGAUGGGGGACCUGGUGUGGCGCAGUUUCGGCGAUUUGAUCCAUGUGGCAGGGGUGGUGUGAUAGACAUAAACAAACAUCAACCAGACAUAAGGAAAUAUAAACCAGACAUAAACAAACAUAAAGCAGACAUAAACAAAUAUGAACCAGACAUAAACAAACAUGAACUAGACAUAAACAAACGGUACCCAGGUAUCCUUGAGCCUAAUGGAGCCGUCCUGCAGUCCAACAGCAAGAAACCUGCCCAUGACGUCACCAGCCAAACACGUGACCUGACACUCAAACAGCCAAUCAUGUAUCAGCUUUCUUGUAUCAAGUUGACUGACCUGAAAUAUAAAUUGAACGGCUGA